AUGAAACUUUCUCAAUCGCUCACUAUUGCCUCAGUGGCCCUAUUUUCACUCGCCAGCUCCGCUCCAACGCCAGUCGACAAAGUCCCAGAUGCUCCUGCAGGUACGGUAAGAUCGAGCACCACCCCCAACCAACAUACCUGCCUCUCAACCCAUCGAUACGAUCCAAAAGAUUAUGACGGAUGGGAAUUCGAGUGUUUCCAGAAUUCCGAUUGCGGUGGGGGUGCACAAAUGGGGUGCCAUUGUAUUAUCGAGGCUGUCGAGCGAUUCGAUCCUUCGCUCGGUAACAAGGGUCUGCCAUACUAUAACAAGGUCCCGAAGUGUGUGUUUAUUCCGACAAUAGAACAGCUGCUAGGCCUUGAUCUAGCUGAUGGGUCACCAAGUAUUCACCGUGCCUAA